CGUAGGUAGCUAAAGGUAUUUAAAUGCCAGUGUCACAGUGUCUGCUCAUCCUCUGCUCAGUCUGCUCACACAGGUAUCAGAAGAAUGCUUUCCCUCCUGUUCUUCGUCGGGCUCUUUGCCAGCUGCCUGGUAAAACCCAACACGGCCAUCUACUCCUUCUCUGGUUCCAUUGGUGGUGGUGGGAUUCCCUUUGCCUCAUCAGGAAAUGGAAGGGUCACAGGGAUCAGGGUCUGGGAAAUCCCAUCUCAAUACAUCACUGGUAUCCAGCUGCGCCAUCAAUACAUUUGGUCUAAAGUAUUUGGACGGGCAUAUGGCCCAAUGAAUGAGAUGUCACUUUUUGAUGGAGAGGCCGUUGUUCAGGUCUCUGGUAAAUACCACAGCAAUUACAUCUAUCAGCUGAUAUUCGUAACCUCCAGAGGGCGAUCUCUGAGCGCUGGCCAGCCUUAUCAGAAAUCAUUCAACUUCUACCCGACUCACCCAGAAUCAGAGCUGCGAAUGCUGAGCGGCCGACAUAACGGCUAUGGGAUUACUUCACUGGGAGCUCACUGGGCAUCUGGGUUCAAUAGCACUAGCGCAUAAUGAAUGAGUUCAAAGCUGAGUAGUGGUGUACUAAGGAUUGGUUUGAUGGAAUAAUCAAAACUUGUCACUGAUCAACCUGUAAAUAAGUGACCAACAUGUGUUGACAAAUGUGCACUGGGUAAUUUCACACCACUUUUGGAGCAAUACCUUUGACAAUUGUAUAUGAAACAUUGUUUUAUCAGUUAAAAAACAAAGAUUUAAUGGUGAAGGCUCUAUAUUAACUCAUGCUGUGACUCUGUGGUGCAUUCAUACUAAACAUGCACAUAUCAGUCUAUAUACUUUCUUAUGUAUCACAUAAAGGGGCAUUUAUUAAAAGCACUUUGCCCAUCUGUUUCCCUGAAGGAAACAAACCAGAAAUGUAUCUCACUUUUAAUCAAAAUCAUAUAUAUUUGGAGAAUAUAUAUUCACGGCCUGACCUCUGUCUGCGUUGCAGCUUUUCCUCAGAAUGUUUUCAAUGUCUCUUCAUUUGCUCAACACUAGAAAGUAGAUUAAAUGAUCUAAAACAUAAACUACUCGAAACGAAACGUUCUAUCUGCUACUUAACCAUUUGUGUGGCUGAUUCUGAAUGGGGGUGAAUCUGUUCAUGAGGCCACCAUUUGUUUGUUUGGUCAGUUAUGGUUAUCUCUGCCAAGGAAGUUUUUGUUUGUCUGUUAGCAGGAUGGUACAAAAAAUACUGAACGGAAAUCCCACAACACAUUUGAACUUUGCCAGAUCUAGCACUUCAGAAAAACUGACUCUGUUUGUCCAGCACACAUACACAAUAUUUAAUUCGUUUUAAAGGUCUUAUUCUUUUGUUCCACACAAGAGCACUGAUGAGUGUAGAUGACUUCAGUGUGACACCACUAAGCACAAACAACCACAUACAUUUUGAAAGCAGCUUUUUGUUUCAUCUUUAAAUUGACUUAUGUCUUCAAUAAACUUAUCUGAACUACCUGUCAAA